AUGUUUGACUGGGACACGUAUAUUACCGAAACAAUCGGCAUCCCCGCCAACGAGUUCGGCAUCACAAAGCUAACAGGUGGUAUCAUCAACUCGACAGUCCGACUGCGGCUCGACAAACCUCUAUCGGAGGGUAUCGCUGCCCAUGAUGCGAGUUCAACCCAGCCGGCCUCGUCAGCCUUCCCCACCAAUGCCGCAACGAACGCCACCUCCUACGUCCUCAAAUUCGCGCCGGCCCACAUGCCCAACGAGCCCUCAGUCCCGCUCAGCACGGCCCGCCAGGCGGUCGAGGCCCGCGCCCUCCGCCACCUGUCCACGGACCCGCAGCUCGCGGGCGCCCUGCGCGCGGCCGACGUCGCGGUGCCAAGCCUCGUGUGGCACGACGAAGAGCGCAAAGUGCUGUGGAUUAGCGACCUGGGCGAGUUGACCACCUUGUCGGAUUACCUCCGGGCACAGGUCGUCGACGAGGUCGUCAGCGCGCUGUGGGAUGGCAAGGAGGGCCCGUCUCCUGCGGCUAUCGGCGCCAAGCUCGGCACAGCGCUCGCCAGCAUCCACGCCGCGUCGAUCAACCCCCCGCCAGAGACCGUCGCACAGCUGACGUACCGCGAGACGGACGUCGCCAACCAGCUUAAAGGGUACCUCGAAGUGCUGUUCACAAAGUAUGAGCUCGACACGCCUGCCGACGCCGAGAAGCUGGCCCUCCGCAUGGGCUUGGACUUUAGUCCUGAGCCGCGCGACGGGCUGAAGGUAUGGGGCAUGGGCGACCUGUGGCCUGGCAGUGUGCUGCUUACGACUCCACCAUCAGACGGGAUGGCGCUCGUCGACUGGGAGUUUCCGUACGUCGCGCACCCCGGCGCUGAGGUGGGGAUGAUCCUCGCCCAUGUCGCCGGGCACGCAUACGAGGCGGUGUACCCUGCUUCCGGGCGGACGCCGAGCGCAGGCGUAGCAGCGACCCUACGCGCGCGGUCACUCGAGUUUGGUACGGCACUCGCCGACGCGUAUGCUGCCCGCGCACCGGAGCUGCUCUCGCACAGCUUCACCCGCGCCGCGCUGUGCGGGUACGGCCGCGAGGUUGCGCUCCAGGCCGACUUUAACGCCGAGUUUUAUAGCGACACGGGGAAGCGUGCCACCGUGGUAGAGGGGCGGAGCGCGCUUGUAGCAGCUGGAGAGGGGGAGGAGGACGUCGACCUCGGCCGGUGGGCCAGUGUGGCUGGGGAGGAAGAGGGGGUCGGGGGUGGCGCGCUGCUGUUGCCUCUGCUGGCUAAGGUGAGGCAGGCGUAG